GCUUCCGAGCCUCGUUGUCAAUUUAUAGUCUCCUCCCCCUCGGCCACUGCCACAACUGCCAUUGACAAUGGCGGCCACCCGUCUCACAAUGAGGUCUUUCCUCGGUCUUCUCUUCCUCCUGUUCGUCCAACUCACCUCCGCCCUGAAGUUCGACCUCUCUGCUGUGAGCGGGAAGAACGAGCGAUGUAUACGCAACUUCGUUUUCAAGGACCAGCUUGUGGUCGUCACCGCCAUUGUGAGCGGAAACAAGGGUGAUGGCCAGGUUGUUAACAUGCAUAUCAAGGAUGCGCUGGGCAAUGACCACGGUCGUCCUAAGGACAUUGCCGGAGAGACUCGUCAGGCCUUCACUUCUCCCGCCGAUACUGCUUUCGACGUUUGCUUUGACAACCAACUCACCACUCGUCACGCCGUUGCCAACCCCUACAAGUCCAUCGAGCUCGAUGUCGACAUUGGUGCCGAUGCCCGUGACUGGUCUAGCAUUCAGGUUCAGGAGAAGCUCAAGCCUGUUGAGACCGACCUCCGCCGUAUCGAAGAGAUGGUGGCCGAGAUUGUCAGCGAGAUGGAGUACCUGCGCGCUCGUGAGCAGAAGCUGCGUGAUACCAACGAGAGCACGAACGAGCGUGUGAAGUGGUUCGCUUUCGGUACUAUGGGUAUGCUGGUUGGACUGGGUGCUUGGCAGGUCGUGUAUCUGAGGGCUUACUUCAGAUCCAAGCACCUUAUCUAGACCAUGUCGGUUUAAAACUAGAAUCGUGAGAAAGAGAAGGUUCCAGGUUGAUGCUUUCUCUCUUGUCAUGACAAAAUAUGGACUAUUUCUUUUCAAUGCAUUUCAUUAUCGUCUUGACCCUAUGUAGUUCCGGGAUUUGCUUCACGGUACACUGAUUGAAUAUUGACGAGGAGUAUGACAACUGUGCAUGUACAUUGGUGCUGGUGAUCGGUAUUGUUUCCUUUAUUUUUAGCCGUCUUUAGACACAUAAGAGGAGGCCAUUUUCCCAAGCUUGAAAGACCGUCAAUACUGUAGAUGCUGUAGUACGUCACGCAAGGCAUGCAAACAUGCUAGCAAAAUGACAGCUAGCGCGAUCCUGUGUAACUCUAGAUCGAAAUCGAAAUCCCUAAUAGUCAAUAGGAGACAAUACCAUGAGAACCAAUUGCAGCCCGCACACUGUGCCACAUGCUGCAGUCAUAGCA